AUGCAUCACAUUGUCAAAACUUUCGAAGAAAAAGGAAGGUUUGAAGAUGAGAGCGAAGCCGAUAUUAUUCGACAGAAACUCGAAAUGCUAGUAUCUAGCAUCCAGGUAGAAGUUGCAAAGCUCGAUGAAAGAUUUCAGGGGGAUUUGAUCAAGAGCGGAAGUGUUUACGAAGGAGUAAAAAUCCAUCAGCCUGACGAGUUUGACUUCAUGUUCAGAAUCGACUGUCUCACUAACAAACCUCGCCUCUCUCGCUGCGAAAAUAUCCCAGGAUACGUGAGACUCGCACUGGAUGAUGAGAAAUGGAAAGAAUUUACAGAUGAACAAGGCUUCUUCAGCCCCAAUAAGCUAUGCAGCCAUUUCAAAAGGCUAGUCAACGAAUCUUGGAGAACCAUAGACGUCCCCGAAGGAAUGGCCAUACAAAAAGUAGACCAGGGUUACAUAGAUGGACCGUGGGGACCUGUGUUCAAUGGCCUAGUUGGAGGAGAGGGCCGCCCGUCUGAGAUUAUCGACAUUGAAUCGCACGGCCCAGCUACGACAAUAAAAGUUGUAUGGCACGGUGGUAGCAGUUACAGUGACUUACUUAUAAAAGUUGAUUUGACGCUAGCGCUGGAAUACGUCAUUUCAAAUCUUCCAGUAGGGUUGUCAGACCAGCUUCCACACACUGUAGCUAGUGGGUAUCUCAACAAGGCUGGUUUUCACGUCGUUCCCGCGGGGUUUGAUGUGUGGCGUAUAUCAUUCUCCAGUGUCGAGAAAGAAAUCCUGUCCGAUUCUUCAGCCGAGUUUAAAGCAUGUUACCGAAUAUUAAAGUACCUCAGGGACAGCGCCGCAAAAGACCUCAAUUUGGACGCAUCCUUACUCCCAUCGUACAUUUUUAAGAGCGUCUUGCUAUCUCAGUUUUUUGCAGCGGGUGCGGAGUCCGAGGAUUAUUGGCUGGGAAAGGUAGAAGACACCUUAGAUGUUGUUUUGCGGGGGAUUAUGCAUAGAGAUAUCCAGAAUUUCUUCUUGUCAGGAUACAAUCUACUGUCCACGACUGACCACAAGAACAAGUUGCGACAGUUCAUCGUGGAAAAUAUGAUGAGUCUCGUGAAGGAUUUAAAGAUGACACACACUCGAGAAGAAGUUGGAGAAACGAAUAGGCAAAUCAGAGUGCUAGAAAUGGUAGAUGUGCUGGAAUUCAUGGUAUCUGAAACUCUUGGCGGAAAAGAUCUCACCGCGUUCUGGAAUAAGCUGUUUGUCAACAUUGAUGAUGUUCCUACGGAAGCAUUUUAUGAAGAAAGCAACUUCACCGACCAGAUCACUGACAUGGAUAGGUUAGACCUUGAUGAAGAUAUCUAUGAAAAGCUCGUUCAACAAUGGUCUAUGGUAAAAAAGCUUUUCGACCAACUGAUUGCUGUCCUUCCUGGAGAUCUGAAAAUUUUGGCUCGUAAAUUCUUCAUCAGAACCGGGCAAAAAAGGAAAAAAUUUGAACGAGAACAUAAAGGUGCCCUUGCCAACCCCAUCAAGCAAAUAACAAAUCAUGAAGCUGCCUGCCAAUACAUAAUGGAGUACUCUGAAAAAUACGUAGACGGAAAGGGCUUUACUGCAAAGUGUUACUCAAAUCUGCUCAAAGCAAUUCCUCCUGAUUACAUAUCUCCAAGAGGCCUUCAGGAUGUUGUUGACAUAACCUUGAAAGACGGAAGUGAACGAGGUCGUGUGGUAUUCAGAGAGCGCCUUUUGGAAUACAUGUCCUUGGUCCCUGAAUCAGUAUUAAUUAGGGUUCUUGCUGGCUUUAUAAGCCAGAUAUUCGUUCAUGGUCAACAAGUGUUACGGCGCAAACUUGACUACAUCAAAUUGCCGGAGUUAGAUCUCAUAGACUGA